CCUUCUUUCCCUCUGUCUCCGGAGCCCGGAGGAGUGGAGGAGUUUUAAUGCUGCUCUCGGCGAGGGAGCGCCAGGGGGCGGUGAGGUCAGCGCAGCAGCCAAUCCUAGCGGAGGAGGACACACUCACAGCCAAUCGCAGCGCUGGAGGGGCGGGCCUAGUUGGAAUACGGCGUUAAGGAUUGGUUCAGAUGCUGCGACGCCUUCCACAACGCGCUUGUCGCUAUGGAAACCAAAUGUAAACGUCCCCCCCUUCCUGAGUCUACAAGAUGGAAGUGCUGCUGGAGGUCGAGCCUGAGUUGGAAGAAGCUGAGCUGCUGCAGGAGGUGGAUGAGGAGGAGGAGGAGGAGGAGGAGGAGGAUGAAGGCCUGAGGGAGUUACGGGAACUGGAAGAGACGCUGUCCAGAGUGCGGAUAGCCCCCUCAGCACCCCACCUACUGGUGCAGAAGGCUGAAGGCGACCAAUCAGAAUGGCCCGUCUCAUUCAGGCAGAAUUCGACUCGGGAGAAGCUGCUGCUUGCGAUGGCUGAUAACUUCCGCUGCCAGUACGCUCAUCUGUACCCUGACCGCAAACCGCUGCUGCUCUGUCCCGUCAACGAGUGCGGGGUGCAGAAGUUUGUGAGCACCACACUGCGGCCCACGCUGCUGCCAUACCCUGAGCUCUAUCACUGGCAGGGCUGCGCCAGUUUCGUCUCAGACUUCUUGUCCCUGGAGCCACUGGACCCCCCAGUGGACCCGCCACACAAACUGCGCUCUCCUACGUGGGUCCUGCGGACUCAAAGAGGAACGUGCUUUGAAUUCUCCACUCUGCUGUGCAGCCUGCUGCUGGGAGCAGGCUACAACGCCUACUGCGUCAGCGGCUACGCCGUGAAGCAGAUGUGCCUUCUUAACCAGAGUCGCCAGGAGUGCCCCUUACUCAAACCCCAAGUCAAGGAGGAACUGGAGGAGCAGAAGCAGGAUGUGAGGAAGUACUCAGUGAAGCCUCCACGUGACCUGCAGAGCAGCUUUGAGCAUCGUCAGGAGGAGAAGAGACAGGAGGACACUCGUAUUGCUCUGCUCAGCAAACAGCAGGAGGCCCAGAGACUGCAGGAGGAGCGAGAGCGUCCUCCUCUGGAUCCUCUCCUGGGCCUGCGAGUCCACUGCUGGGUGCUGGUCCUGUCUGGGAACAGGGAGGUGCCAGAGAAUUUCUUCAUUGACCCCCUGGCAGGCCACAGCUACCCCACCACUAGUGAAAAGUUCCUGGGAAUCGAGAGCAUCUGGAACCAUCAGAACUACUGGGUCAACAUGCAGGAUUGCCGCUUCGGCUGCGCGGAGAUGACCUACGACCUGGCUGACCCAGUGAAGUGGGAGUAUUUGCUGUGUGGCUCCAAUCAAUCAACUCUGCUCAUUCCUGACAUGAAGAAGCAGCAGGAGGCUGAAAAAGAGGAGGAUGAGGAAACAGAAGAACCCAAAGUGUUUGAGAUGCCUCCAUCAUGGGUAUCAAAGAUUCACAUCUCACAAGAAGAUAUGGAGAGUCGCUGUCCUGGUGGUACGAAGCUUAUCCAGUACAGAGCGGCGACGGUGGAGAAGAUUGCUCCUUAUCUUCUGAAGGAUGGACUGGUCACAAGACUCACUACUUAUGAUGAUCUAGAGUGCACUCAGCCCAACACUGUGAGGGAGUGGUACAAACACCGGCAUGAUCACCUGGACGAGAGAGAACUAAAGAAGGCCACCAACGUGACCGUCGAACAUUUCAGACCAGGGAGGAGCUACGCGCUGAAAUGCCACAGGUACGUCACUUUGGUCCCUGAGACGGAGCGUCAGAUGGACUUCUACAGCCACGCUCGGGCCGACGGCCUGGCCAGCAGAGUGGAGACACCCUCCGAAAUUACAGAAACCUUCAUAGACCGACCCGAUUUCCUCCACUACCGGCAUGUCGUUUAUGGCAAGCGGGAACUGGGAGAGAUGCCGAAUAAUCCCGAACAAGUUCAACGACCCAUCCAGAAGGUGGUGGAAAGGUUCCACAGAGACCGCUCUAAAGCAGCCAGUGAAGACGUGGCUGAAAGAGAGUUCCUGCUGUCAGAAGAUCGAAUCCAAGUGACGUAUCACAAGGAGGAGGACAGGAUUAUCCCAGCCUGGAGGAACUUCAUCAAACCUCACGAUGCUGGUGACUCACAGAACGCUAAUGCCUUCACACCACAGAUGGCCUCCAUCUUUCAGGUGGACCCAUUUAAGAAACCCUGCAAGAACCUGUUUCUGUACAAGACCCUGAUGGCUCUGAUGAAGGAGGAGGAGAACGUCCUGAUGAGGAUCAAAGACUCAGAGAAAGAGGUGAGAGCCAUCCUUGCUGCCAGACAGCAGGAGGAGAGCGCCGUCGAACUUCAGAUUUCCAUCUACAACACAGCCAGGAACGAGAAGGCACGCUGCCACAGGGAGGCGCUGGAGUGCCUGGCUGAAGACGAGCUUCUGCGGAAGGAAGAGAAGGAGCUGGACGUUCUUGCACCAUUUCUGGCUCGGUUGGGCGAUCCGGAGAGCCUGACCCAGCAGGAGGCGCUGCAGCUCCGGACUGACUGUCUGGCUGAACUGAAACAACGUCUCAUCGACAGAGCCAACCUCAUCCAGGCCCGAUUCGAAGAGGAGACGCAGGAGCUGCAACAGAAGCAGCAGUGGUACCAGAAGAACCAGCUGGCCAUGACGAAGGACGAUGAGGACGAGUAUCUGGCCUACUGCUCUAACGCCAUGUUCAGGAUCAACAUCCUAAAGCUGCGCCUCAGUCGGCACAAAGACAAAGCACCACAGAAAUACCUUGCGCUGGACGAGAAACUGAGACGAGACCCCAGACUGGCCCAUCACCUGUGGUGACCUGUGUAAACUCACCAACACAGAGAGUGAACAGUGUAAGCACGUUGAACACUUUGGAAAUGGCGAGUUUAUCUCGUCCUUUAUGAAGUUGUCUUUAAUAAAGAUUAUUACUGUACUGAAA